UAUAGCGCGGGUGAGGAAAGAAGGGUCACAAGUGUCCUCAUAGUGACAACCUCACGUUAAUUUGAACGGAAGUACCGUGGUCCGUUCUCACAAAUAUCCGUAGCUUUACAGUAUAUAGAUAGGGAAGGAUGUCUGCUUUUUACAAUGCGGAAGUAGUUCUCUCUUGGUGCUUGGUGCAUGCUAUCGUCAAGUCCAAUCUUUUGCUUCCCAUGUCCUUUAAUUUCUACAACUCAGUGAUUGAAACUAGAAGGAGUAUGUGCCCGCGUGAAGCACAUGCCACUGUUCAAACCAUGUAUGCUGUGAUCUUCAUCAUUGUUCUAACUUCUGUCCCUGAUGCGAACACGUUUGGCAAUGACGUGCCACAGAGACCAGUGUAUCACCGUCUGGGGAAACCAAGGCCACCACGCCCAUUCACGGCAACAUGGAACGUAAACUACACAGCGUGCUGGGAAAGCUUUGGCGUUGACUUGGAACUCGAGAAGUUCAAUAUUGAUGCCAAUAAGCCUGGUGAGGUUAGCUUCAUAAAGCUUUUCGAUCAUGCUGGAAUUAGCAUGUAUCCUUAUUUGAAAGGGGGCAAGUUUGUCAACGGUGGACUUCCACAGUUGGUCAACAUGACGUCUUAUCUAGAGAAGGCCACGGAUGACAUCACCAAUGCCAUCCCAGAUGAAAACUUCUCUGGCUUAGUUGUCAUCGACUGGGAGUUCUGGAGUCCAAUCUGGGGCGAGAACUUCUGGCCAGAACGUAGGGUGUACACGGAGGAGUCCAUCGCCUUUGUACAACGCCAUCACCCCGACUGGGACGCGGCUAAAGUGGAGAGCGUCGCUAAGCUUGAGUUCGAGACGGCUGGUAAGGCCCUCUUCGAGGCUACGGUCAAGCUGGGCAAGCUGCUACGCCCCGGAGGCCUGUGGGGUUUCUACCACUAUCCCUACUGCGAGAACAACGUGCGUCAUGUUGGACGCUGUAACGCGACAGCGAUGAAACACAAUGACCAACUACGGUGGCUGUUUGAUGAUACAACCGCGAUCUACCCAUCUAUUUACCUGAAGAGUGCUGAUGUAGGGUUGAACGGGUCGAGCGCUUUCGUUGAUGCUACUCUCGGGGAGGCAUUUCGAGUGAGGGAGAAAUCGGACAACCCUCUCAUGCCAAUGUACAGCUAUUGCCGGUUCAACUACUCGCACACCAAGUACUAUUACACUAUGGAAGAUCUGAAGAGCACGGUCUUGGCGAGUGCAGAGAAAGGUUUAAACGGAGUUAUAUUCUGGGGAGAUCACAAUGAUACACACGAUAAGGAAUCGUGUGUCGAACUCAAGGCGUACAUCCACUCGGCUCUGGGUCCACUCGUACGAAAUAUCACCCAGGCAGCUUCAAGCUGUGCCUCUACCUUGUGCAACAACCACGGCAGGUGUACUGGGAAGAUUCUUGAGUGUGGUGAACAAAAGAAGACAGCAUCUUAUCUUGGUCAGAGUAAAAUGAAGUCUCAUUCAGUCGACAACUGUCAGUGUCAGUGCUCUUGUUAUGCUGGUUGGUCCGGUCCCAACUGUUUAGCAAAGCAAUGACAGCAACCCUAUGGUUGUGUAUAGUCAACACGUUUUGUCUCUGUUUAAGUUUACAACGUCUUAUAAACCAGACAAUACACAAGUCGUAUGAAGUUUUCCCACUUCUUUUUACUUUAAAUCAAACUAAUGUAGAUAUACAAAACUAACCUGUAAACAUUUCAUUUCAAAGUGAGGUAGAAAAUUGCCGACAAUACUUAUUCUGAUCAUUGUGAAUCAGCGGUUGGCUUGGUAGGAUUCUAAACUACAACCUUGUGAUUACAAGUCCUUACAGAGGGCGCAACAUCAACUGAGGCUGACUUGGAGGGACUAGGCAAGUCUAUAUAAAUCUUGGAUCCAGAAGUGUGUGUGUUAACUUAUUCGUUUUGCGGACAGUAACGCCCGGUUCAUGCUCUCUGCGAGUGCGAAUUAUACGAAUGGUUGACGUCACAAAUUCGGAACUGUUGAAAAUGUGCUCAACUCUCCUACGAAGCAUACGCUGCAGGGUGCAUGUUCCCCUCCAUCCUACAACCUAUAGACUGUUUUACGAGGAAUAUCCAUUAAUACCUUUAGCUCCCUGGAGUUCUUUUUAC